GUCACACUACCUGGUACGGUAGUAUUAUUUGAAACCCCAAUACCCAAUACCGGUACAUCAAGUUCAGAAAUGUACGUAUUUUCGUUCUAUUUUGGGAAUUCAGCAGUAUCUCUUCUUUCGCUGGUUCCUUUCGAAGAGAAAUCCGGUCCUCUGUCUCAUGCUUGGAUCAAAUAUCGUCAUAGCUUCMCUACUUAGAAAUUGAUGCCAAGCAGCAGGAGAAAGAAUCGCAAGGGCAUUGACGCAAAAAAAUUACCCAGCCACUCAUUUCCUACUUCACUCAAUCCAAUGACGUUCGAAGACACGGCCGCGUCGGCCUCAGAUCUUUUGGUACAACGCAGGAUCGAGGCUGUUAGGGUGGUAAAGGGGAAAGCCUUGCUGAUGAAGGCCAUUGAGGAAAUGAAUGUUGGAAAUUUGAAGCUCGCACUGUGGUUCCUGUCGUCGACUAAGCUGGCGGUGGAAGUUCCAAAAACAACCGUAGUUCUCCGGACCACCACUCCGAAGUACUAUAACGACGAUCUCGAGGAAGAGGAAUACGACGAGAAGAACAGAAACACAGGAACAGCAGAAACAGCAGACAACCUGAUGCAAUCGUUUGAAAUCAACGUCACGGAUUUCUCCUCGUUGACUUCUGCGAAUUCACUCUCGGCAGCCAUCGGACCGUAUCAGGUGCAUACCGAACUAGUUCGCUGCUUGCUGGAGCCGCAGCGUCUCAAACCACCUCUAACUUCCGAGGGUGUGUCGGAUUCAGAACCAAUCCUCGCAUCCACAAACGCUCGUUUGCUGCUUGAAGUUCCUUGCAAUGGCCGCAAGAUUCCAGGGAUGACGCCUCUCGCCAAAGCCUGCCACUGCGGGAACCUGGACUUGGCCAAACUGCUCCUGGAACACGGUGCCAAUCCCAACGUGUGCGGGAACGAUGGCCUGACGCCCCUCAUUCGAAUGGCCAAAAAAGGUGAUCUGAAGAUGAUACGGUUACUGCUUCUCCCAAGAGAGAUUGAUGAGGAGGAUGAGGAAGAAAGAAGCGGAAACUACGAUGACACCCAUUAUCGUAACACAAGCAACAAUCUGGAUUGCACUCCUGCUACUGGUUCACUCUCGUGUCCCUUCGCAGCCGACAGCAGGUCUUGGCCAUCCGUAUACCACAAGCGUCUGCGAUUGAAGCAAGGCCAAGAAGAGGCAGCCAGUCCCGACACAAAAGGACCCAAUGCCAAUGCAUUGAAUUUGAAAUGGGGCACCGACGUGUACCGAUACGACCAGCAGGCCAUGAAUGCCCUGAUCCACGCAUGUACAGAAGACCACCUAGAGGUCGCCGCAUUUUUGGUAGAGACGGUAGGCAACCACAGCAGCAACCAUUGUUGCCGGCAAUCUAUCAUCGACUACGUCAACGACUAUAAGGUCGAUCCGGCGCUGUGGUAUUCGAGUGCCCACGGAAACGCGGACAUCGUCCGCUUCCUAGUUGACGACUGCUCCGCCAAUCCCGACUACCGAAAGGACCCGACCGAGUACUCKUCGACUCCGCUCAUGGAGGCCUGCGAGUGGGGGCACCUCCAAACGGUGAACCUCCUGCUGGAGCGAACUGGGAGCGAUCCGAGGUCUCGCACGGGACGCAAGGCCAGGCAGCUGGCCUCCCGGGCGGGAUACAUCGAGGYAGUGGAGCGGAUGGACACCUGGACAAACCGCCUGAACCAGUUGGAGGACUGGAGUGAGCGCGGAUGGGAACGCGUAUUAUUUUGCGAGGGGUCGACGGCCACGAACACGAUGGUUCCUGCUGCGAAAAUUGUGCACGGGUUGCUCCCGAGGGUUCUGAACAAGGCCGCAAGAAGGCACGAUCUGAUCUUCCGGAUCCUAGUCAAUCAUUUGGAUGAUGUUUUGUGCUAUAACAACAGCAGUGAGAAACGAAGAGCCUAGAAUGCUUGAAACGAUCUAGAGAGU